AGAAUUGCACCUCCCAGGAGAGGACCCUGUCCUCUUCCCUCAUCUCCGCUCCUUCCUUCGGGCAAAGGGGUGCUUCCAUCUGCAUGCCCACUCCACCCCUAGGCUUCAUCUGUCAAGCAGAGAUGACUGUCAAGUUAGAUUUCGAGGAGUGUCUCAAAGACUCACCCCGUUUCCGGGCCUCUAUUGAGUUGGUGGAAGCUGAAGUGUCAGAACUGGAGACUCGAUUGGAAAAGCUCCUCAAGCUGGGCACUGGGCUCCUGGAAAGUGGGCGUCAUUACCUAGCCACCAGUCGUGCCUUUAUUGCUGGCAUUUGUGACCUGGCCCGCCUGGGUCCACCAGAGCCCAUGAUGGCGGAAUGUCUGGACAAAUUCACUGAGAGCCUGAAUCACAAGCUAGACAGCCACGCAGAGCUUCUGGAUGCCACCCAGCAUACACUGCAGCAACAAAUCCAAAAUCUGGUCAAGGAAGGUCUCCGGGGUUUCCGAGAAGCUCGUCGGGAUUUCUGGCGGGGGGCUGAGAGCUUGGAGGCUGCUCUUAUUCAUAAUGCUGAAGUGCCCAGGCGCCGGACCCAAGAAGCAGAAGAAGCAGUAUUAGCUUUAAAGGCUGCUCGAGCCGGAUACCGGGGCCGUGCACUGGACUAUGCCCUGCAGGUCAACGUGAUUGAGGACAAGAGGAAGUUUGACAUCAUGGAGUUUGUACUACGGUUGGUGGAGGCCCAGGCAGCUCAUUUCCAGCAGGGCCAUGAGGAACUGAGCCAGUUGGCCCAGUAUCGAAAGGAACUGGGUGCCCAGUUGCACCAGCUGGUCUUGAAUUCAGCUCGUGAGAAGAGAGACAUGGAACAGAGGCAUGUGCUACUAAAACAGAAGGAACUAGGUGGGGAGGAACCAGAACCCAGCCUACGGGAAGGGCCUGGCGGCCCAGUGAUGGAAGGACAUCUUUUCAAAAGAGCCAGCAAUGCCUUUAAGACCUGGAGCAGGCGCUGGUUCACUAUUCAGAGCAACCAACUGGUCUACCAGAAGAAGUACAAGGACCCUGUGACUGUGGUAGUUGACGACCUUCGUCUCUGCACAGUGAAGGUCUGCCCUGAUUCAGAAAGGCGGUUUUGCUUUGAGGUGGUGUCCCCUAGCAAGUCUUGCCUUCUCCAAGCAGACUCCGAGCGCCUCCUGCAACUUUGGAUCAGUGCUGUGCAAAGCAGCAUUGCUACCGCCUUCAGUCGGGCUCACCUUGAUAACAGCCCUUGGGGUUCAGGCCAGGUUUCAGGACACUUGGCCGUGGGCUCUGCAACCACCAUGGGUUAUGGUGAUGCGAAUAGGAGAAGGGAACCUGGGAGAGGUGGGCAUGUGGCCGCACAAGUACAGAGUGUGGAUGGCAACGCUCAGUGCUGCGACUGCCGGGAGCCAGCACCUGAAUGGGCCAGCAUAAACCUUGGUGUCACCCUCUGCAUUCAGUGCUCUGGCAUCCACAGGAGCCUUGGCGUUCAUUUCUCCAAAGUGCGGUCUCUGACCCUUGACUCGUGGGAGCCGGAACUAGUGAAGCUAAUGUGUGAGUUGGGAAAUGUCAUCAUCAACCAGAUCUAUGAGGCUCGUGUGGAGGCCAUGGCAGUGAAGAAGCCAGGGCCCAGCUGCUCCCGGCAGGAGAAAGAGGCCUGGAUUCAUGCCAAAUAUGUGGAGAAGAAGUUCCUGACCAAGCUUCCUGAGAUUCGAGGGCGAAGAGGUGGCCAGCGACCUCCAAGAGGACACCCUCCUGUGCCCCCAAAACCUUUAAUUAUGCCCCGGCCUGGAAGCUUCAAAUGCAAACCAGAAGCCUCCUCUGAUGACCUGGGAUCCCUCCAUCCUGGGGCCCUGUUGUUUCGAGCUGCUGGGCACCCUCCAUCCCUUCCUACCAUGGCUGAUGCUCUUGCCCACGGAGCAGAUGUCAACUGGGUCAAUGGAGGUCGAGAGAAUGCCACACCGCUGAUCCAGGCCACAGCUGCUAAUUCUCUUCUGGCCUGUGAGUUUCUUCUUCAGAAUGGAGCUAAUGUGAACCAAGCAGACAACCAUGGUCGAGGGCCACUCCACCAUGCAACAAUCCUUGGCCACACUGGCCUGGCCUGCCUAUUCCUGAAAAGGGGAGCAGAUUUGGGGGCUCGAGAUUCUGAAGGCAUGGACCCACUGACCAUCGCCAUGGAAACAGCCAAUGCUGACAUCGUUACCCUGUUGCGAUUGGCGAAGAUGAGAGAGGCUGAAGUGGCCCAAGGCCAGGCAGGCGACGAGACCUAUCUCGACAUCUUCCGAGACUUCUCCCUCAUGGCCUCGGAUGACCCCGAGAAGCUGAGCCGUCGGAGCCAUGACCUCCACACCCUCUAAGGGGGCUGCCGCCUCCCCAUUAAAGACUCCAUGC